AUGGCGUGCACGAGUCCAAGUCAGUCGGUAUUGGCGUCACCGACCACGAGCAGCAGCAGUCACGGCAGUCGACUGUAUUUCAUGAGCGGAGACCGAAGCGACGACGCCAGUGACGUCGAUGAACACGAACGAGUAGAGACGGGAACAGACGCAAUGCUCGAUCAUGUGCGUCAGCUGAUUGUCGACUUGUUCGUAGUUGACGACAAUCGUCGCGGUUCGAGCGUUUGUCUCAAUGAAGAUAUUGUAGUCGAGCCGAUAGCAAGUCUUCUUUGCACGAGAGAUGCCAAAGACCUCAGCACGAACAUUGAAGUUGAAGAAGAUGGAGUCUCGUCAGCAAGAGAACGACUACUGGAGACCAAAUUGGCCCGGGUGCUGAUGGAACUUGCAGGCGAGCAGGAUAAUCUACGCUUGGCUGCUAAUGCAGGCAACGCAUUGCUGGAAGAACUCGGUGCUGCGCGGGAAGAGCUUGACGUCGUACACGAUGAAUUGAAAGCUGCUCAAAUUGAGCGAGACCAGGCGGUACGAGAUUCGCAGCGACUUCGGGACCAAAAUGCAGCUUUGGAGACCGAGAUGCAGCGCUACAAUGCAGUGUACGAUUUUUGGGACUCGGCGGGACGACAGAACAUGCUAAGCACUCAGCAGCAACGACGAUCAUCACUUACCUCACGCGAAAGCUUCGGUAGACCAGACUCGUGUAAAUGGUGCUCGUCUAGAGAAGUCGAAGUGACACAACUUGACCAGUGCAUUGACGAACUCAGACGGCGAUGCUUGGAGCUGGAACUUGCUCGCGAACGUGAGCAGCAGCAACAGCGAGAGCUCGCAGAGGAGAUCACACAAUUGCAACAACGAAACAAAGAACAGAGUCUCGAAACAGUGCGCGCUCAACAGGACCUUGAGUUCAUGACGUUGCAGCUGGAGCAACAAGUAGAGGAGGUUGAAAGUGUGCAGGCCGUACGAGACACCUUGCACCGUACCGCUCGAAGACUAAAAGCUGAAAAUGAAGGCCUCCAGGCACGUUUGGUAGCUCGUGACGAGCUUGUUGAGAAGCUGGAAAACGAUAAGGCGCGCACAGCAACACAGCUUCAGGUAGCGGAGAAUCGCACAAUGAGUGCACAGGCUGUAACGAAACGUAUCACAAAGACGCUGAGGCAGCUACAGAAACAACUGGAGCAUGCUCUUCAACAGCAACAGGUCGGACGGGAUAGCAAUGAGGCCGAAGUGGAACCAUGCGAGAGAGAAUCUGAAGACAUCGAGCAGCUACUGCAGGACGCUAGGCGCGAAGAUGAAGUUUUGCGUCUGGAAAAUCGAGUUCUUCGUCGUCAACAUUCGUCUGAGGCUAGCCCAAACGGGAGCCGGAUGCGAGGCAGAAGACGCAAAAUGUUGUGUGCAGGAAGUCCUGCGAUGACUGCUGCCGAUGUGUUAGCACUUGGCAGCCGAGAGCCAUCGAGAGCCGAAACAGCUAGUUAUAACAGCAACAGUGAAAGCGGAAGUGAUGUCGAGCCAACUACCUCAUCAAACUUUCAGCUAGUGAAGACCAUCGCACCAAGUACAAAAGCAUCGGAACUUUUGUCGAAGGACGGGAAAGAGCGACGGAUACUGUCUUCGAAGCUGAGCUGGGUCGAUCAACCAUCUAUGACUAUUAAUGAUACUGCAACAGCAGUCAAAGAGGAUAUUGGGAGCGCAUGUGAUUUGCGGGAGGGUGGCCAUCGCACAAUGCUUGUCGACGAAAACCAAGUUGGGUGCGUACUGCACCAAGAAAUAACCGCGUCGUCAUCGGUACACGCAGCUUUAUCUCGUCUCAGUCAUGUCAAUAACAACCUCAACAAUCCACAUGUGCACGUGUGUUGGGGCGACAGGAAGAAAGCCACCCGGCUAUCGGCAAUUGGUUAUACUGGAUGUCCGCGAAUCCGUGAACUGCCCAUCGAGAUGUUUGGAAGGGACGCGAUCGAGUUACCACCCACAUCACCUCUGUAUUUGGGUCUUUCUUUCAUUGCAUGCGCCACCGCAGCAACUGCAGCUAAUUUUCUAGUGCGGCGGUAA